AUGGCUACCCCUAGUGUCCUCGCUUUUGACGCUGAGGGUUGGGCCAUUGACUUUGACGUCUGGGUAGAUGACCUGCAGCUUUUCCUACAGUGCGAUAGGGCAGACGGUCUCUCCCUCUUUGACCUCACCUCUGGUGCCUCUCCUGCCCCUGCUGCUGAUGCUGACCCCACUGUUCGCUCCCAGUGGGCCACCCGCGAUGCUGCUGCACGUCUUGCUGUGCGUUGCCACCUGCCUACCUCUGAGCGUGUGCACUUUAGUCAGUACAAGAGUGCUCAGACCUUGUACGACGCUGUAGUUGCACGCUACUCCUCUCCUGCCACUGCUGCACUGAGCCGCCUCAUGCUACCGUACCUCUUCCCUGACCUUGCUGCCUUUCCCACAGUCGUCACCCGGCUCCCUGACUCCCUUCGCGUAGUCAGGGACCACUUCCUCUUAGUUUGCCCCACCACUCUCACCGUUGACCUCCUCGAGAAGGCCCUCCUAGCAGCAGAGAAGAGCAUAGAAGCUGUAGGAGCCUCUCGUGGUGACCCUCGCACCCCCAUCUUUGAGGGGUGUUCCCCCUCCCCCCUUUUGCCCUCUGUUGCCUCUGCUGCUGCGGCCAACCUCGUUGGGCUUGAGUCGGUCGGUGCGGCGUCUACCCCUAGCGGGAGACACCGCCCUGGCAAGGGCAAGGGGGGCAGGGGCGCUGGAGGAGCUAGCGGGGGCGGUGGAGGAGGCGGUGGAGGCGGUGGAGGGGGUGGGGGUGGCGGUGGGGGUGGUGGCGGGGGUGGAGGUGUCGGUGGCGGCAGUGGAGGCGGAGGCGGCGGCGGCGGUGGCGGUGGUAGCGGAGGUGGCAGAGGUGGCGGCGGUGGAGGAGGCGGUGGCGGUGGAGGUGGAGCUGGUCGGGGUGGCGCUGCGCAGAGGGUCGGCUCCGGUGGUGGUCAGCGCCAGCAGCAGCAGCAGAAGCGCACUCGUGACAUCCCCCCCCAUCAGCAACUCCGUGAGUGGUACGCUGCACGCCAGCGGGGUGGGGGUACUGGUCCGUGCACCUACGUCCUACGCACCGGCGACCGCGCAGGUGAGCAGUGCGGGGGUGCGCACUCCACCCAGCGCUGCUUUGGCCGCCUGACGGACGCUUGGCGUCACCAGUUCCCGGAGGCCACUGAGAUCCCCCGCUGGGGCGAGCUUUCUAGGGCGGGAGUAGUUGUCUUUGACCUUGACUUUGAUGCUAUUCUUGCUGCCAUGUAUGCUGUGACUAUUAGUGAUGAGGGUGACUGUUACCGGUGUUUUCCACCCGACCCGGGCAUUGAGACUGCUGCUCUAGGUACUGGUGAGGCUGCUGCUCUAGGUGCUAGCGAGGCUGCUGCUCUAGGUGCCCGUGCGUCUGCUCCCUCAGGUGCUGGUGAGUCUGCUCUCUCAGGUACUGCGUCGGCUUCGGCCUCCCACACCUUCACCCUUGACUCGGGGGCUUCUCGCUCCUUCUUUCGAGACCGCACCACACUCACGCCGCUUGGCCGGCCAGUUGCAGUCUCUCUGGCAGACCCCUUUGGGGGUCUUGUCCUUGCUCACUACUCCACUGUCCUCCCGUGUCCGGCGGCCCCCUCUGGCACCCGGUCUGGUCUUUACCUCCCCUCGUUCUCUACGAACUUGGUGAGUGGUGCUGACCUACAGGAUGCGGGGGUUCACCAGUUCACUCCUGCGAGUCAGCGGGUGACCCACUACACGGACGCUCGGACAGGCCGACACCUGGCCACGUUUACACGUCGGCCGGGGUCGAGCCUGUAUAGAAUGACCAUUGCGUCUCCUCCAGUCACUGCGUCUGGCCCUACCUGCGUCCCCUGUGUCGAGGGGCGGCAGCGGGCUGCCCCUCACUCCUCCAAGUUUCCUCCGACAGAGGCUUCGGUGCAGACGCUUCACAUGGACGUGUGGGGCCCGGCCCGUGUCCGUGGACAGGGUCACGAGCGCUACUUCCUGCUGGUGGUUGACGACUACUCGUGUUACACCACAGUCUUCCCCUUGCGCAGCAAGGGUGAUGUCACUGAGAGGCGGAGAGUUCUCCUCUGGCCUUCUGCGAGCUUGCUGUUGGCACAAGGCAUCCGCCAGACCUUCACGCUUCCGGACUCUCCACAGCAAAAUGGGAUUGCUGAGCGCCGCAUUGGCAUGGUCAUGGAUGUCGCUCGUACGCCCAUGAUGCAUGCGGCUGCCACCCAUUUUCUGUGGCCGUUUGCGGUUCGGUACGCGGCGCAUCAGAUCAACCUUCAGCCCAGGUUCUCCAUGCCGGAGACCUCCCCAGCUUUACUCUGGACGGGGAAGGUUGGCGAUGCGUCUGCGUUCCGUGUCUGGGGAUCUUGGGCGUUUGUCCGCGACUUGUCUGCGGACAAUCUGUCCCCUCGCGCUGCUCCUUGCGUCUUCCUUGGCUUCCCCCCUGACGUAGACGCUGUUGAGCCUGUCGAGGUUACUGGUGACUCUGGUGCUGCUGAGGGUGCUGAGCCUGAGGGUGCUGACUCUGGGGGUGCUGAGCGUGUGGGUGCUACGCCUGGGGGUGCUGAGCCUGAGGGUGCUACUACUGGGGGUGCUGAGCCUGGGGGGGUGCUACGCCUGGAGGUGGUGAGCCUGGGGGUGCGGAGCCUGAGGGAGCUGGGCCUGCUCGAGCUGCGCGAGUGGUUUGCCCGGCGCUGGAGGCGUGCUGCUGGAGCUGGAGGUUCUUCCGCUGCUGAGGGUGCUGGUGCCGCGGGUCCCGGAGGUGCUCGUACUGGGAGUACUCGAGCUGCUGGGCCUGCGGGUACGACUGGAGCUAGAGCUGCUGAGGGUGUUGGCACUGAGGCUACUGCUGACGGUCCUGGAGGCGGUCCUACUGCGGGUGCUACUGGUGCUGCUGGAGGUACUGGAGCUGGAGGUGCUGCUGGUGCUGGUGCUGCCGCUGGGGGUAUUGGUGCUGUCCUUGCUGUGUCUGGAGUCGCCACGCGGCCUCGGCCGUACUUCGUUCCGCUCCUUCAGCAGGUUUUUGGUCUCCCGCCUUCUACUGGUCCUCCUCCUACCUUAGAGUGUCCACAGCCUGUCCUGUCACAGUUACACUUACAGUCGGCCUCCCCACUGCCUGCUCCUUCUCCCUACACUGGUCCUACUGGAGGACUUGCUGAGCAUCGUGAGCCUGCGUCUCGCCCUGCGUUGCCUGUCCGUCCUGCUCGCACUAGUGGUCGUGGUUCGCGUCAGCGUCCUCCUCUUGUCCCUGGCAUGCACCGGAUGUCUCUACGUCCGUCCACUGCUCCUCUGCGUGGCCCUUUGCCUUCUCCUCCUGAGUCCUCUCUUCCUGCUCUUGCCGACUCGGAGCCAGACUCUCUUCGUGCUGCUAGUCCUACUGUCACGCGUCUCCUUGCUACUGUCGUCACUGACCCUUCCUUUGAGUCCACUGCUGCGUCUGCCCUAGUUGCUGAGCUCGUCGACUUUGCUGCUCGCUGUCGUCUAGACUACGCUCCUAGUCUUGUCGCUGAGUCUGAGUCUGUCUGUCCUCCAUUCGUUGGGGGUGAGUGUGCCCUUGGCACGGACGUCCUUGAGGACAGGCAGGAGGAGGUCCAGUGUUUGGCUGCUGCUUCACCUCAUCUCGUGUCCGUACUACUUACCCCUGAGGGAGACCCGGGUGCACUUGACAUCCCGACUCCGCGCUCUUACGCGGAGGCGAUAGAGGGUCCCUACUCCUCUCAGUGGCAAGCAGCUAUGGACACAGAGAUGACUUCCUGGAAGUCCACAGGCACCUACGUUGACGAGGUUCCCCCGUCCGGGGCGAACAUCGUCAGUGGCAUGUGGAUUUUCAGGGUGAAGCGGCCGCCGGGUUCUCCGCCUGUCUUCAAGGCGCGUUACGUGGCUCGUGGCUUCAGUCAGCGGCAGGGAGUUGACUACUUUCAGACCUUCUCUCCUACCCCAAAGAUGACCACUCUUCGGGUACUGCAGCACAUAGCUGCUCACCGCGACUACGAGCUGCACUCUCUUGACUUCAGCACUGCUUUCUUCCUCCGGCGGCCAGUCUACGGUCUCCGUCAGGCGCCUCGUGAGUGGCACGACACACUGAGGACUACACUUGUGGCUCUUGGGUUCGCUCCUUCUAUAGUGGACCCGUCGCUGUUUCUGCGCACCGACACCUCUUUGCCGCCGUUCUACAUCCUCGUGUACGUCGACGACUUGGUCUUUGCCACUGCUGACACUGCUGGACUCGCCCACGUGAAGUCCGAGCUGCAGAAGAGACACACGUGCACAGACCUGGGUGAACUGUGCAGCUACCUUGGCUUGCAGAUCACCCGGGACAGAGCACGCCGCACCAUUACCCUGACUCAGUCACACAUGGUGCAGCAGGUCCUUCAGCGCUUCGGCUUCACGUACUCCUCGCCUCAGGCCACUCCUCUGCCUACUCGCCACUCGCUCUCAGCUCUGCCUUCGGAUGAGUCCGUAGAGUCGAGUGGCCCGUACCCAGAGCUUGUUGGCUGCCUCAUGUACCUGUUGACCUGCACACGACCUGACCUUGCAUACCCUCUUAGCAUUCUUGCACGCUAUGUUGCUCCUGGGAGACACAGACCGGAGCACAUGGCUGCAGCAAAGAGGGUGUUGCGCUACUUGUGCAGUACGUCGGGCAUGGGACUUUUGCUUGGAGGGCAGAGUCCAGUGGUCCUCACUGGGCAUGCAGACGCUUCUUGGGCUGACGACCAGGCUACGCAGCGGUCGUCACAGGGUUACACCUUCAGCCUUGGUUCCGGCUCUGUUUCGUGGCGGGCUACCCGCUCGUCUUCUGUUCUCGGCUCCAUUUGUGAGGCUGAGAUCUACGCCGGGGCCAUGGCUGCACAGGAGCUUCGCUGGCUCACCUACCUGCUGACUGACCUCGGAGAGCCGCCUCGUUCUCCUCCAGUGCUGUACGUAGACAACAAGGCCGUGCUGGCCUUGUGUUGA